AUGGGCAAGACUGCGAGGCGCGCCCGAAAGAAGGCGUCGACUCCACUGGACGUGCGCGAUCGCGUGGCGAAGAAGACGCAGCGUGACGACGACGCUGAGCGUCUGCUUACCGAUGCCCAGGUGGCGGCUGCGCCGACGGAUAUGGACGCCGAGCGCGUCGACGGUCGCCCUGAGGCGAAACAAGAGCCGACGGAAGGUCGGGUGAUUCGUGCGUUAAUGGCAAAGUCGUGUGUCGACGCGUGCGUCGCCCUCGACGCCGCGCUCGCGAGAGGGAACGCGGUGACGACUGGGACGUGCGUCAAGGUGCUCGCGUUGUGUCAGGCGAGAGACAAAGCGAAACCGGCAUUACGGGUGCUGCAGAGGAUGGAGAAGAGUGGAAUGGUCGUGACGAGAGAGGCGAUGCGGUGUGCUUUCUUCGCGUGCGCGAAGCGAGGGAUGUUGAGCGAGGCGCUAGAGCUCAUGGCGCGGAGAGACGGCGAAGGGCGACGGAUGUUGGGAAAAGACGUCCUCGUUCGCGCGUGUGCGAUGGUUCCGGGGGGCGUAGACGGCGAUUUAGGCUUGUCCCUUCUAGAGAGCGCCCUGAGAGGGAUCGCGGGGGGGUCUUGGGAGCACGGUCCGACGGCGGCGAUUCGCGUCGCUAUUCCGUUCUCGCCGGCUCAAAAGGACGACGACGAAACGAGAGAGCGUGGGGUGGGCUCGGUGACUCUCGCACGGGGGAUCGAGUAUCCAGAGGGAAGUUUUCAAAUUGUGUGUGACGAUGACGGGCGUCGAAGACCAGCGGAUCGUUUGCCGCUUUUGCUGUACGCGCCGGCGCACGCAGGAAUUAUUCCAUUCGCUCCGUCGGGGUUGACUGAACCGGAGAGAUAUGACGUACCACACGUCAGUGGCGCGUUCGUAGUGACGAACUUUCUGUCUCCCAACGAGUGUGCGGCAAUCAUAGCGGCCGGACACACCAUUGGGCUUCGAACUGAUCCGUACGAGGUCGAUGGCGUUACUGGAGCAUCAAGAUUACAGUAUUGCGAAUUCAUCGUGUGGCCGCAAACGAUCAAGGCACUUUGGAGCCGCGUCUCGGAUCUCAUGCCCGCUGGAGCGGUUGGGAUAAAUGCGAGAUGGCGUUUUUUCCGCUACGGCCCGGGAACGAUAUACCGACGUCACGUCGAUGGUUCGUGGCCUGAAGGCGCAUUGAACGAGCAAGGUGAGUACGUCACAGACGUCUCAGAAGGAAAGGUGCGCUCGAGAUUGACGUUUCUCAUGUAUCUCACCGAAGGUUUCAACGGUGGAUCAACUACGUUUUACACCGCCAAUCCGAGCGAGCCAGGGGUGCUAAGCGCUCGCGGCGUUAUACCACACCUCGGCGCCGCGCUCUGCUUCCCGCACGGAGAAGCGGAGGACUCACCAGUACACGAGGGAAGCGCCGUCACGGCGAGCCUCGACGGGGAGAUGUACAAGUACGUCGUUCGAACCGACGUCUUAUUUGACGUCGCAUCACAGUAA